AUGGCCCUGAAUGGCAGGACACACCAUGAAAGGCUUGACUACAUUGAGGCAGAAUACGAUUUUGGAAUUGUGGCAGAUCUGGAUUUGAACUCUCGUGAUCCAAAGGAGUUCAUUUGGCGUUCCUAUUUGAAGAAAGGGCGCGUGGUCCGGCUCAGCAGCCGGCCGCAGCGUGACCGCUUCACCGUGGUUUGGGAUGAGGAGCUUGAGUUGCAAUCCUCGACAGCAACCCGCAACCGCUCCAUGGAGCUAUCUGAGCUUGUUCUUUUUCGGAGGCUUCUUUUGGCUUUCUGUGAUUAUUCUGGAAUUGCUUACAAAAUUGACGCAGCCACUGGAAAGAUCUUCCAAAGGUGGGUGAUUGCUGAUGGAGAUGGCAACGAGCCCAAACCAUUUAAGGCAGAAUGGGCCACCAUCAAGGACGACUAUCUUUGGUUGGGCUCCAUCGGCUUCGAGUGGUAUGGUCCCAGCGGGGAGAUCCUACAUCGCAACACAGAGUGGGUGAAGGUCAUAGACUUCAAUGGGAUGAUUCGGAACCUGGACUGGCAUCCAGUCUACCAGGCUAUUCGGACAGUGACCAACACCACUCUUCCAGGCUACCUGUGGCAUGAAGCAGUUGAGUGGGAGCCUGUGCGGAGGGUAUGGAUCAUGCUUCCAAGAUUUGCAUCCACCACCUCGAAGUACACUCCUGGUCAUGAGCAUCAGGAUACAGCCAACAUGCUCAUCAUCGCAGAUGAGGGCUUUGUCAACAUCGAGGUGAAGUUCCUUGAGCACCAUGAGAUGGGCUAUGGAUUUACCUCCAUUCGCAGGUUGCCUGGCAGCCGCCACCUCUUUAUGGUUCUCCGGGUGAAAGAGGCUGCUCAUGCUUUGUUCAGGUUGGUGGCCGGAAAUAUGAAGCAUUCAGCCCUUCGUGAUUUGGAGCGGCAGCGCUUGGAGAAGCUUAUGGGCCAACUUCGAAGAGAGGUGGAACCGAAUGCCAAAGCCUCUGGCCGCCGCUUCCAACCCCCGCGCCGCAAAGAGCGUGUCUCCAAGGUGCGGCCUGAGGGUGGCACAGGGCCCUACACCAACAGCAGCGCUCCAAGACCUGCACCUCAGCCAGCGCCACCACCGCCAGCAGUGCCAGCACCUGGACCCGGGACACCUCGCAACACAACUGUCACAACGGCUAUUCCAAUCUCGACUCCAAGUGCAGAGAUGGCAUGGCUGCUGCGAGUGAGUGAGAAAUUUGAUCAAGAUGCAGAGCAGGUGCAGUGCUUCCUUGCACAGCAUGGUUUGGAGCAAUAUGCUUCACUGCUUGAGGAUGGCCCCGGAGCGCCUGGAAGCUCCAUGGAGGCGCUUCGAGCUGCUUCGAUUGAAAUGCUGGAGCAGGUUGGCCUGCCGCCCUCCCCCCGGCGGCGCUUGCAGCAUGCGCUGGAGGUGGAGGUGGAGUUGGAUUCUCCAGAGCAAGGUGACGAGCCUCACAACUCUCCCAGCAUUGUCAAUUGGGGGCGUUUGGGGCGCAUGCCAGCGGGCUGGCAUCAACGGCCCACAGGCGAACGCAGCCGAUUGGUGGUAACCCGGUCAGAGCCUGUCUCCCAUGCCGAUGCGGCAGUGGGAGAUGAUAGCCCAAUAAGGGCCGUCGAGGCUCCUAGCAUCAAUGACGUCACCAUUCCAACCAUGGCCAUGAAGACAAUGGCCGAGGCUGCGAGACUGUUGGGGAUGGGUGCCCAAGCCGGACAAGCUAAGCCUGCCAGGUCCAUCAUGCGAGUUCUUCUCGCCCUGCUUCCUCGUCAAGCAGUGGCGAGAAGGGCUGCUGCUACCAGUGCUACCGAAAAGUCUUCCUUUCCACUGCCUUCCGCCUGUCGAAUGAGGCCUUGCGGCCAGGAACACCUGGUUCCAGGGUCUUUUGCAGCGAAGGCUGCCUGGAGAGCUUCAGAGAGGUGCGGGCGGCUCAAGACCAGCGAGCUGCUGAGCCCCUACGCAGAAUUUGAGCUGCUGGACCGUUUGCACGUUUACCCUUCGAUUGCGUUGGCUGGUGAGACCUUCAACUUUGUCUCUGGCACUCUGGGAUCGAGGCGGCCAACAGUGCUGGAGUUCCGCAAUGUCCCCGGACUGAGCCCAUCGAGGUGGUCUGUUUUUGACGAGAGCCUGAAGAGAUGGGAUUCCUACCCAGUGCAAGAGGUUAUGCAGAUCGUCGGCAGUGCCCACGAGGCUUGUGGGCAAAAUGUGAGCGAGAUGCCCAUCAGAGUGAAAGUGGAAGGUGAAGACUGCACUGACUUGGGCUUGGUAGACCUUCCAGGUUUCAGGUCAUAUGCUAAGGAUGAUGCGAUGCAGCAGCUCGCGAAAAAGAUAGACAGCUUAGUCUUCAAAUUCAUGAAUGAUGAAAACAACAUCAUGCUUUGUGUAGAAGAAGCUGGAGACGCCGCAGGUUUUGCCACUUUGGGCAAAGCAAAGCAGGUGGAUCCAACAUAUAAGCGCACGAUUCUCAUCAGGAACAAGCUGGACAAGUACUACGGGGAUUUGACCACAGAGAACGUGAACAAAUGGCUUGAAGGCUAUGGUGACCUGCCGCAGCACUUGGCGCGCUUCGCAGUUUCCCUGCCGCAUUGGACUGGCGAAGCUAUGCCCAAGCCAUUUGGAGAGAUGCGGAAGGAGUGCUCGGACAUCGACAUGGAAACCUUAACAAGCAAAGGAGCCUCAUCCAGGUACAAAAUGACAAUUGGAUUUCAGAAUUUUCGGAAUUUCAUGGAGAUCAAAAUCCAGCAGCUUUUUGCGGAUGCCUUGGCUCCAAUGCUGACCCGUCUCAAGAACAUGCAGGAGGAGCAUGAGAAGAAGCUUGAGGUGAUUAGACAAGAGACCGAGACCAUCAACGAGGACAACAUUUUGCACGCCACUCGCUCAGCCGGAAUCACUUUCGCGCAGAGCUUCAUUUUCCUUAUGGAGGGCGCUCUCUCGUCCGAGCACAAUAGAUGUACUCUUGAGGAGGAGCUGAAGGCCUUCCAUGCGUACUGUGCUCGGACUGACUGCUUGAAGGAUGAAGAGCUCAUGCCAAUAUCCUUCGAGGAUCUUGACUCCUACGUAGCUUACCUCCGCGACACGGUGAAGCUACCUGCCAUGGACGUCUCAUUGAACGGCGGUGCGCAGUUCAGGAGGCUGAUGUACGAAGUGGAGGUCUUCACCCGCUUUGCUGGCCUCGGAAAAAAGCUGGAGCCAGUCGACGUCAUCCAAGCAAGAGGAUCCGGGCUGCGGGACAUCACAUGGCAGGACACUAUCACCCAACUGAUGAUGCAGAAUGCUCCUACAAGAAUGCGAACAAAGACCAAAUAUGUUGGAGAACGCUUGAAGUUCUUCUUUGGAGAGCAAAAGGAGGCGACCGUGCAGUUUAUGCUUGGCCUCCAGGGCUCGCCGGAAGAACACAUGUUCUCCCGGCUUAUCCCAAAGCAGGCCCAAGUCAUUGAGCGAAAUGACACAAUGAAGAGAUGUAUUUUUGAAGCCUUCAACACGGCCUGUGACCAUCAUCGGGUCCGCUUCAUGCAGAUGUGGUGUGAUUUUAUGGAUAGUAUGUUCCAAUCGCCUUUGAUGCUCUUGAAGUCCGGCUCCAUGCCCUCGAUUGGCGAUGGAUUCUCUGAAGAAAUUGCGCCCACCUUCGAGUCCACCAAGGCGCGCAUAGUUCAAGAGCGAAAUGGCAGAGGGACUUUGCAAACGGCGCUGAGGGAAAAAGUGAAGCAGAUCCCUGACGACGACGUCAUGGCCAAUGAAUCAGUCAAGAUGGUCCAAAGGAUCAUUGAGCAGACCUUUGCUGUAAUUCGCAGCGUGGUGGCUGAUCACAUGCAGCUUUAUUCGGAAUCCUUCUUCCUCCUUCCAAUGCUCCGGCGGCUGGAAGGUGUCAUGGCUCAGAUGGAGCUGCAGGAAGAGGACAAGAACAGCUACAGGGCACGAAAAUCUGUGCUGGACAAGGAGAAGGCCGUGUCGCAAGGCAUGCUGGCAGACCUGACCUACUGCGUGGAGGCAGUGCAGAGAUUUAAGGUCACCUACGGUGGGGGUCAAUAG